AUGAAUGAUGGGCAGCUCGAACACGUGGUGGCCGAGCUCCUGAAAAAGGAGGUGGCCUUGUUCGUGCCCACGGGAACCAUGGGAAACCUGGCAGCAGGAACACUUACGAAGGCUCGAAGCAGUUUUGAAGCGGUACGCAUGGUCAGUUUUACGCUAAAACCUGAAAAGUGCCACUGCGCCUUCUACGAACUUCAGUUCCUCGGUCACGUAGUAAGCGGCCAAGGGAUCCGACCCGACCCAGAUAAGAUUGCUGCCGUGGCGAAUUUCCAGACUCCAUCAGACGAAAAAGCACCUGCCCAUUUUGCCAGGAGUCACAACAUACCGCUUCACAUGGACGGUGCGAGGAUCAUGAAUGCAGCAGCGUACCUGGGCCUGCGGUCAAAGGAUCUCCUCAAGGGCUGCGACUCCGUCAUGAUGUGCAUUUCAAAGGGUCUUUCGGGCCCCACCGGUUCACUGGUGGCCGGAUCAAAAGACUUCAUUUACAAGGUAACGAGAGCUCGCAAGUGCCUCGGCGGGGGCAUGCGCCAGGCGGGAAUCGUGGCGGCAGCCGGACUCGUGGCGCUCAAGACCAUAGUGCCGAGAGUGCACGAGGACCACGCCAACGCGCAGAGACUCGCCAGAGGCGUCAGGUUCCAGGGUAACCCGUACAUCGGCCAGGACCUGACGAUGGUGCAGACCAACAUGGUCGUCUACGAGUUCCGGGACACGGCCAAAAUUAACUGUCUCCCUCGCGUUCUGCGAGCGUCUCAACAAGGCGAAGUCACUGUGGAAAAAGCCGUGUUCUUCACUGCAAACAGUGUCGGUGCUUUGCACUCCAAGACGUUCGUGUGUGGUAAACAGGUGGCUGCCGCGUCAGUGACAACAAUUCAAGAUGCUAUAAUCACUCUGCAGGAAGCCCAUGACAUCCAUAUAUGCAAAGACGCAGCAGUGUGA